AUGGAUGGAUUUGGUGGUGAGAGCGAAAUUACACGUCGGAGUGACAAUCAUCAUCCUACUGUUGGGGGAGAUCAUUUUCUUGCCUAUGCUAAUCUCUCGGGAGCCAAUGAAUGGGAAGAGAAGGAACACAAGGAUCUAAAAGAAGAAGUGAGAAAAAUGCUAGUGAUUUCUCCUUCCAAAUCUUUGCAAAAACUUGGACUUAUAAACACAAUCCAAUUGCUUGGAUUGGCAUACCAUUUUGAACAUGAGAUUGAGGAAUCAUUGAGUGAAAUCUAUAAUGGUUAUGAAGAAUGGAUUGGUGAAUUUGGUGAAAGCCAUGACCUUCAUGUUGUCGCUCUAAGCUUUCGAUUACUUAGGCAACAAGGUUACUAUGUCUCAUCUGAUGUUUUUAGGAAGUUCAUCGAUGACCAAGAAAAUUAUAAUAAAGCAUUGGUUAACGACAUGCAAGGAUUAUUAAGCUUAUACGAGGCAGCACAAUUCAGAGUACAUGAUGAAGAAAUUUUGGAUGAAGCAAUUAAUUUCACCACCACUCAUUUGAAGUUAUUGUUGCCUAAAUUGAGUAAUUCUCUAUCGAUGCAAGUCAGCUAUGCCCUAAAGUAUCCAAUAAACAAAACUAUAGCCAGGGUAGCAACUAGAAAAUACAUAUCGUUUUACCAAGAAGAUAAAUCAUGUGAUCAAGUGAUAUUAACUUUUGCAAAAUUGGACUUCAAUACAUUGCAGAAGAUGCAUAAAAGGGAGCUAUGUGAUAUCACAAGGUGGUGGAAAGAAUUGGACGUGGCAAAUGAAUUACCUUUUGCAAGAGAUAGAGUGGUUGAGAUGUACUUUUGGUCUUUGGGUGUGUACUUUGAACCACAAUAUAAUGUUGUCAGGAAUAUACUAACCAAAGUGUUAUGCUUCAUUUCAAUUACUGAUGACAUCUAUGAUAUCUAUGGAACACUGCCUGAACUUACUCUCCUUACAAACGCAAUAGAAAGGUGGAACAUCGACGCUGCAGAAAAGCUAGCGCCGUAUAUGAAACUCGUUUACACUGCUCUCCUAGAUUUUUACAAUGAAGUGGAGAAAGAGUUGGCAAAGGAGAACAAGUCAUUUCGAGUCAACUUUGCUAUUAGUGAGAUGAAAAAGUUGGUGAGGGCUUAUUUUCAAGAGGCAAAAUGGUAUCAUGGGAACACAGGCCCCAGAAUGGAGGAGUAUAUGAUGAAUGGAAUUCAAACUAGCACUGUCCCAUAUGUCUCUACUGCUUGUUGGUUAGGCAUGGGGGAUGAAGCAACCAAAGAGGCAUUCGAAUGGAUUACAACUGAACCUCCAAUUCUUGUUGCUUCCUCUAUCAUUUCAAGAUUGUUAAAUGAUAUUGUAUCACAUGAGAGAGAAAUAGAAAGAGGAGAUGUAGCUUCAGGUAUUGAUUGUUACAUGAAUGAUUAUGAUGCCACAAAGGAAGAAGCGUACAUGGAGAUAAGGAAAAUAAUAGAGAAUAAUUGGAAGGAUUUGAAUCAACGAUGCCUAAAAUCAACAACAGUAUCAAGAGUCCUUCUCAUGCCACUGCUUAACCUUGCUAGGGUGUCAGAGUUCUUCUAUAAAGAUGAAGAUGCUUAUACUUUUUCCAAAAAUAACUUAAAAGACGUCAUUUCUAUGGUGCUUGUUGAUCCAAUUAAAGUAUGAAAGCAAAUUAGAGGACAAAAUAAAGGAAUUGUAAUCCUCUAGAAUGCUUAUAUGUCUUUCACACUUAAUUGUGGAUGUUUAUUUGUUAUUCCAAUAAGCAGCUUUGUAA